AUGGGUCGCGAUACGAGAUCGCGCUCGCGGUCGGGGGGUCGCGGGAGCCGAAAGCAGCGGAGCCGAAGCAAGAGUAGGAGCCAGAGCAGAAGUCGGAGCGGGAGUCAUGGGCGACGAAACCGGCGGCGCCGGGACGACGAGGAGCGGCGCAGGUGGAAGCGGCGGAGUCGGGAACGCAGAUCCGAUUCUGAGGAAAAACGAUGGCAGCGGCAAAGACGGAAAAGCCGGAGUCCCGCACCUCGCUGGCGCUCCAGGGACCCAUCCUCCCCGUCUGACUCUGGGGACGAGCGGCAGAGGGGCCGGUGGACCCGGCACGAUCGGACACGUUCCUGGUCCCCAGGCUCAUCGGCAUCAAGCUCCACAUCCCCAGGCCACUCUCCGAGCCCUCGUCGUGCGGCGGCAGCCCUGAGCCAACAGCAAAGCCUACAGGAGCGGCUGCGGCAGCGGGAGGAGCAAAAGCAGCAGGAAUUGCUGAUGAAGGCCUUUGAGACGCCCGAGGAGAAGCGGGCCAGGCGGCUGGCCAAGAAAGAAGCCAAGGAGAGGAAGAAGCGGGAAAAGAUGGGCUGGGGCGAGGAGUACAUGGGCUACACCAACACUGACAAUCCCUUUGGCGACAACAACCUCCUGGGCACCUUCAUCUGGAACAAGGCUCUGGAGAAGAAGGGAAUUGGCCACCUAGAAGAGAGGGAACUGAAGGAGCGGAACAAGAGGAUCCAAGAGGACAACCGACUGGAGCUGCAGAAGGUGAAACAGCUGCGUCUGGAGCGGGAGCGGGAGAAGGCCAUGCGGGAGCAGGAGCUGGAGAUGCUGCAGCGUGAGAAGGAGGCGGAGCACUUCAAGACGUGGGAGGAGCAAGAGGACAACUUCCACCUGCAGCAAGCCAAGCUGCGCUCCAAGAUCCGCAUCCGCGAUGGGCGCGCCAAACCCAUCGACCUGCUGGCCAAGUAUAUCAGCGCGGAGGACGAUGACCUGGCAGUGGAGAUGCACGAACCCUACACCUUCCUCAAUGGGCUGACUGUGGCCGACAUGGAGGACCUACUGGAGGACAUCCAGGUGUACAUGGAGCUGGAACAGGGCAAGAACGUGGACUUCUGGCGGGACAUGACCGUCAUCACUGAGGACGAGAUCUCCAAGCUCCGGAAACUGGAGGCAUCCGGCAAGGGGCCAGGCGAGCGCCGAGAGGGCGUCAAUGCAUCCGUCAGCUCGGAUGUGCAGUCAGUCUUCAAGGGGAAGACGUACAGCCAGCUGCAGGUCAUCUUCCAGGGCAUCGAAGGCAAGAUCCAUGCGGGCGGCCCCAGCCUGGACAUGGGCUACUGGGAGAGCCUGUUGCAACAGCUCCGUGCGCACAUGGCGCGUGCCAGGCUCCGGGAGCGGCACCAGGACGUGCUGCGGCAGAAACUGUACAAACUGAAACAGGAGCAAGGCGUGGAAAGUGGGCCCCUCUUCCCCAUCCUCAAGACAGAGCCGCCCUCGCCAGGACGCAGCCCCGAGCCCGAGGAGGAGCCUGCAGUGGCCCCCAGCCCUGUGGGCCCCGCGGAGGCGGAGGGCGGCCCGGAGGCAGCCGAGGCAGAGGCUGAGGCUGAGGGCACAGCGGUGCUCCUGGAGGAGGACCUGAUCCAGCAGAGCCUGGACGACUAUGACGCUGGGCGCUACAGUCCGCGGCUGCUCACCGCCCAUGAGCUGCCCCUGGACGCGCACGUGCUGGAGCCCCACGAGGACCUGCAGCGCCUGCUCCUGUCGCGCCAGCAGCUCCAGGUCACAGGUGAUGCCAGCGAGAGCGCCGAGGACAUCUUCUUCCGGCGGGCCAAGGAGGGCAUGGGGCAGGACGAGGCGCAGUUCAGCGUGGAGAUGCCGCUGACCGGCAAGGCCUACUUGUGGGCCGACAAAUACCGGCCGCGCAAGCCGCGCUUCUUCAACCGCGUGCACACGGGCUUCGAGUGGAACAAGUAUAACCAGACGCACUACGACUUCGACAACCCGCCACCCAAGAUCGUGCAGGGUUACAAGUUCAACAUCUUCUACCCCGACCUCAUCGACAAGCGUGCCACGCCCGAGUACUUCCUGGAGGCCUGUGCCGACAACAGGGACUUCGCCACCCUGCGCUUCCACGCUGGACCGCCCUACGAGGACAUCGCCUUCAAAAUCGUCAACCGAGAGUGGGAGUACUCGCACCGACACGGCUUCCGCUGUCAGUUCGCUAACGGCAUCUUCCAGCUCUGGUUCCAUUUCAAACGUUAUCGCUAUCGGCGAUGA